AUGACAACCGCUCAUAUUACUCCUCUGCAGCAGGACCUUUCGGCAUCGGUCACAACCAGUCCGGUCGCCCAACUACAUUACAGUCCCCCGGAAUCUUUACAUACAAGUUCUAGCGCGGAACAUCGUCGGUCAGUCGACCCAUCGACCGUCGUUGGCGCCAAUUUCCCCAAACAGACCAAUCGCCGCGCUUCAAUUUUUAGGAAGUUGGCGGGUCCACGCGAGAACGCAAAGCGCUUCCUCCGCCUGGGGGGUUCCGUCCGCGCUCAGUCACCACCAUCGAUCCGCUCAAUGUCCCGUACACAGCGUCCUCGUCCGGUCUCCGAGAUCGUAUUGUCUCCCGAAGAUGCACGAAUGCUUGCUUCUGCUAGUUUAGGAGCCGGUCUAGGAACGGGCAGAAUGCGCUCCCACUCCUCUUCUACCGGAUCGGUAAAUCAGUCCUCUGCGGGGUCGGUAACGAGUGCGCCGUCAUCGGAGUCGAUGGGACCGUUUCCGACGCUACGUCACGAGAAAAUUGUUGCAACCGGGAGUGGUAUCACAGUGGGCAUUGCCCUCACAGAACCUGUGCUAUACCUGCAGGGAUACGAUCAGAAUGACCCAAGUACAAAGAAGUCCGCCAUUCUACGUGGCCAGUUGCAUCUCAAGGUCACCAAAAGCGUCAAGAUUAAGAAGAUAUCGAUCUGCUUCCGCGGACAUGCACAAACCGAUUGGCCCGAGGGAAUACCACCUAAAAAGGUGCAUUACCAUGAUAAGAAGGACCUGGUCACCCACGGUAUGAUGUAUUUCAACCACGGUGAUAGUAUUCUGAUGCCGAACGACUACGGAGCAAACUUCUAUCAGCAUGCUAAACCAAUGACCUCCCUUGCUGGAAAAGAUGGCAGCCCAGUGGCUGUUACUCGCGAAAUUUUCUCGAAAACUGGAUCCUCAACCUCUCUCAGUAAUGGCCAGCCUACGAGUAAGGAGCUUAAGCGCCUUUCUCUUCAAUCCAAUCACUCUCGCAGCUUCGGGAAGAACGAUCCGCCCCCUAGCGCAGUCGCUCAUCCACAGCGCAACUACCGCAUGUUCCCUGUCGGUGAUUACCUGUAUAGUUUCGAGUUCCCGAUUGAUGGCUCCCUUCCAGAGACGAUCAAGACAGAUCUGGGAUAUGUUCGGUAUGAUUUAGAAGCAAUCGUGGAACGAUCGGGCGCGUUCCGGCCCAAUCUCCUAGGUAACCUUGAAGUGCCGGUCAUUCGCACGCCGGCGGAGGGCUCCUUGGAACAGGUCGAGCCGAUCGCUAUUUCUCGCAACUGGGAAGACCAAUUACACUACGACAUCGUUAUCUCAGGGAAAUCUUUCCCAUUAGGCAGUCAGGUCCCCAUUGCAUUCAAAUUAACACCGCUAGCCAAAGUCGAAUGCCACCGGAUUAAAGUCUAUGUAACGGAAAACAUACAGCAUUGGACGGCAGACAAGAGCGUCCACCGCUUUCAGCCGGCCAAGAAGGUGCUACUGUUCGAGAAGCGAGCCGAUUCAGCGAGCACGAGUACAUACCCCGGCAGCUCAAUGCGCGUCACAGCAGGUGGUGGCAUUGACUGGGAUCAUCGCACAGCUGCUGCGAGAGGUGAUGAAAUUGUAGACCGGAACCGGACAAAUCUUUUGGGAAAUUUAGCCAGCGAUUCCGGCGUCGGUCCGACCGAAAUGGAGUUUAAUGUUCAACUCCCGAGUUGCCAUGAAAUGAAAAAUCGGGAUGAGGCUCACAGAUUACAUUUUGACACAACGUACGAAAAUAUACAGAUCAAUCAUUGGAUCAAGAUUGUCCUUCGUCUCUCGAAGGUGGAUGAAAGAGAUCCAAGUAAGCGAAGGCAUUUCGAGAUUUCUAUCGAUUCUCCAUUCCACCUACUUUCGUGCAAGGCCACACAGGCCAACAUUUAUCUCCCAGCGUAUACCUCCCCAAAUUCGGAUCCUGCGCCGCCUGCCCAGGAAUACGAAUGUGGGUGUCCAGGAGCCGCCGCGCUUAACAAAGCCAGCUCGAACGGCCACUCUCCGUCCUUCGAAGUAGAGGAGCCGCCGACUGGUAGAGCAGUUUACCGAAGUUUCACGAAUGGCUCUGGUGGCUUGGCACGACCUCCUCAGGCGCAUUUGGCACACGAGCCAAACGACCGUGCAGAUGAUCCUCCACCGCGUCCUAUGCAUCUUCUCCGCGCUCCGUCAUUUGCUCCACCCGCGUUCGAGGAUGUUCCGCCACCGCCGCCCCUCAUAACACCACCCCCUGAAUACACUUCUAUCGUCGGUAAUAACGACCGGGAGACAGUGCUGGAGGAUUAUUUCUCGCGGCUGUCGUGUUAUGAGGAAACUGCCGAUGACCCACGGGGUCUCGGACGGGUUGAUGUGCCUCUGACCCCUGGAGGUCGGGUGAACCGCAGUAUGGACGUCCCACGGGAGUGGAUUCGCCUGGAUCAGUCGACCGUCUAA